UAGACCGCAGCAAUUUUGUUUUGAGAGUUUCACACAGUUUUGUUCAGAGAUACAGCUUAACGUUACAUAUUCAUGUCCAGCUGCUAGUUUGGUUUGCAGCAGCUAAUGUUAGCUGCUAAGCUACCUCAGCUUUUCUGUGGGAAGUUAGCUCGCUUGCACAUCAUGCAAGUUUGUUGAUGAGGUUUCGGGUCACGGAAGUUACAUGAAUACGUAAUUUUAUGCGUCUUAAUUGUUUAUAAAGUAGUUGUGGUAACUUUGUUCCUCUUGGGUUCAGUAGUUAUCAACACAUCCAAGUUACCUCUUAAACUAAAUUUCAGAGAAAAUUUCAAAGACAGACAUACAAUAAGAGAGAAAAAGUGGACCCUAAAACGUCUUGUUUAUCGUGUUUAUUCUGUUAAUGUUUCAGCUUUUUCUAGACAUGAGAUAGGCAAAGCAUUUUGACCACAAACCACUGCAGAUUUUCUUUAGCUGUGUACAGUACAUGUCCUUUCAACAUAGUGAAAGAAGGCAAUGGGAUUUAGGCAUCAUAAGGACAGUUGAAGGUCUGACAGCAACAUCUUGCUAUUGAAUUUAUAUUUCAGAGAACAGAUUUAUCUGCCAGUAUUUGUUUACCUCCUUCUGAGUAUCUCUGUCUAGUGUCCUGUGUCGUUGUUUUACCAUAGAUGUUGUUGCUGACUUGCAGGUGGCUUGAAAUGCUAGUUGUGGUAUUGUAGAAUGUACUAUAGAGAGUAACUUUUAACAGACAUUAGCCAAAAGUGGCACUCCAAUACUUUUUUUUUUAAAAUCUUGGGAUCACUCUAAAUGGGACAUUUAACACUAGUGUGAAGUCUACUGGAAGUGAUGUGUUUGCUUUUGUUUUAAUGUAAUAGUCUAACUUGAGGCUAAAAUGACACUUCAAAAACUGAAGAGCACCAUUCUCAGAAUGGAAGAAGAGGGAGAUAGUAAUCUGUGCAUAGACACUGAUUCAGACACAGCAGAGAAGAAGGAUGGUACCAAGUGUAAAGUCAAAUGGACUCAGGAAGAGGAUGAAAAUCUCAAAAUCCUGGUCAGCAACUUUGGGAAAAAAGAUUGGAAAACUAUCGCCAGUUUUUUACCUGGGCGGACAGAAUUACAGUGUAUGCACCGCUGGAUAAAACACCUGGACCCUGAUUUAGUCAAAGGCUACUGGUCCAAAGAGGAAGAUGAAAAGAUAAUAGAGCUGGUGGGCAUAUAUGGCACCAAACACUGGACUUUGAUUGCCAGGCACUUAAAAGGACGGGUGGGGAAACAGUGUCGUGAGCGCUGGCACAACCACCUUGACCCACUGGUCAAAAAGAGCUCCUGGACCAACGAGGAGGACCUCAUUAUCUACAAAGCCCACUCCAUUCUGGGAAACCGGUGGGCUGAGAUCGCCAAGCUACUCCCUGGAAGGACAGACAACUCUGUGAAGAAUCACUGGAACGCCACCAUCAAACGUAAAGCGGAGUUGGGCUUGUACAAAGACGAAGCUGACAGCAUUUCCCUUGACAUUCAACAGUUUGUGGAAGGAGAGGUGGACUUCAAGUGUGAUGUUGUGUUGGACGCUGAACCAGUAAUUCCUCUAGUGGUCAGACCAGAGAAAAACAAGAAACAGAAGGAGUAUCAGAAAGCCAAACAAAAGACACCCAUUCCACCUCCACAGACUCUGGCAUCAAAGAGAGAGUUCUCCUCUCCCAGUCCCUCUUUGCCCCCCAGUUCAAGUUCCAGUCCCAGCUCCAGCUCAGGUGCUCCACCAACAGCCGCACCAGUGGACCAGAAAAAGUUUGCUGAUGCGGCACUGAGGAUGAUCGCUGAAGACAUGCUGCCACUCAGUUUCGUUGAAGGCACAGGCUUCAGGUCUUUCAUGAGUACCGUCAACCCUGAAUACAACAAGCUGUCCCAGCGUGCCAUUGGCCUGCAGCUCUACGACGAUGUGGAGAGAACCAUCAAGCCUCAGCUCAUCCGGGACCUUAAAGCCUGCCUUGCCAGAACCAAAGAUGGUGAGAGGGCCAUUCAUGCCACAUUUGAUCUCUGGGCUGGGGAUCAAUCCCGAACAGUAGAAGAGCCCAUCGUGGUCGUGCAGCUCCACUUUGUCAGUGACUCCUGGCAGAUCCGCCGUCCCAUUGUGGCUUUCCGUCACCUCAGCCACAAAAACCUCAAUGCCGCUGUGGCCAGAGAGCUUGAAGGUGUGCUGCUGAGCUACGGCAUAUUUCCUCGCAGCAUCGGCUACGUCCUCGUCAACCAUGCCAAGGAAACCCUGGCUGGGAACAACUUGUUCUGCGAUUACAAGAUCAUGUGUUCAUCCAACAGGGGAGAACCAGAUGGAGACGAGAUGGUGUCAUUCUUGUCAGACCAGAUGCCAGAAACGGAGUCCCCCUUUUCAGAACUGCAGAUUGGCACCAGAACCAUCUGUGUGGCCAAAACGCUGCAGCUGGUGAUCAAGGAGGCGCUGAAGAAUUCCAGGGUAGUGGAAAACCUGCUCUCACAGGUCCACAACGUUGUGGCUUUCUUUCGGAGCAGCGCCUACUGGAGUGAGGUUCUGUUGAAGGAAUGCAACGUGUCGUUGUGCCCUUCUUCCAGUAAUUGUCGCUGGAACUCCAUGAUGCUGUCUUUGCGCCGUAUGGUGCAGGAGUCUGCCUGGAGCUCCAUCAUGACGCUCCUUGCCCAGGCUCGCAUAGAGGCUAACGACACAGCCAGUGCCCCACCUCUCGUCAUGGUAAAGAGGGACCAAGUGAUUGACAUCCUGAGUCUCCUUGAGCCCUUUGAGGAGGCCUUGCAGGUCCUGCAAGGAAAUGGUGUGACCAUCUCAUUCAUCAUACCCUCCCUCAUUGGCCUUGAUAAGACCUUGGAGAGCCGUGCAACCAACUAUACCCACUUCAACAAGGCCCUGCGCACAGGCCUCUACACAUACUUCCAAUCCUUGAUUCAUCAGAAGGACAUGAUACUAGCUGCUGUGCUUGACCCCAGGAUCAAAAUGCAGCCAUUCUCUGAUGCCAAACUGGAGGACCAGACAGGUUUCCUAACUCCUCCAUCAAAGUAUGAGGCUCGAACCAUUGUGGAAGCUGCAUUAGAAAGCACGAAGGCCUCGGAAUCUCCCUCUCUGGAAGCAGAGAAAGACCAGACAAAUGAGGUGAAAAAGGAACAGGAUGGCAAAGAGGAGAGCCAAGCCGACACGCUAAUGGAGGCAUCUGGUGCCAGCUCAGAUGAAAACUGUGACGGAAUCAGCGGAAAUGACCUCAAGCGCAAAUCCAUCUUCAACUUCCUCCAGCCGCCUGCAAAGUCCAUGAAGAUGUCAGAGCUUGAUGUGUACCUGUCUGAACCACUGUGGGAAAGCAGCUCCAGCGUGCCGUACUGGAGAUCUGCCACUCGGUUCCCCGAGCUCCAGGGCAUUGCCAGGAAGCUGCUGGCAAUACCGGCCACCACAGGGGGCUUUGACCGGCUCUGUCCAAUGGCAGCAUGUAUUGUAAGAGCCAAGAGGAACCGCCUGCCACCUCACACCACAGAGAGACUGCUUCUAUACAAAAACUCUUUGAAGACAAAGACUGUUAAAAAGCACAGCGGGGUCACUAAACACUGAUGGGUCAAGUCACAACCGGGUGUGGUUAUUUUGUCCUCCACCAAAAGGACCUCCACACCUGCUUUUCCAUACUUAUCACACUGCAUUAAACAGACCAUCCCACUCAAUUAAAUUUCCUCAAACAUUUAACUAAAUGAAUUUAAGCAUCAUUUCAAUCUAACAGUAUAAGGCAACAGCGGCAAACUACAUUAAAAGUGUAUAGAACAUGAGAUCAGUCUACUCAGAAUAUCUCUAAGAAAAUAACAUACAAUGGCAACCAGUGACCUGCCAUCAGAGCCUAUAGUGUCAUUUCUCUGACUGCAAGUGCUCCAAGUGAAAGGCAGCUUCUCUUUGCCUUUCACAUAAACAGCAUGUAAUGAAGACUUGUAAAAAUGUAAUCCCCAGCUUGCAUUAUGAUGCCUUUAGAACAUGCAGGCCAGAGGAGUGAACAGGAAUCUGUAUUUUGUAUUCAGUUCAAACUAAAAUGAGUUCCUCUGAAGAUCUUGAGCUGUCACUGCUGUCUCACAGAUAAAGGCGGAAGGAGGAAUGUGAUCAGACGCCUUUUGUGUAGAGUCUGACAUUUUCUCCCCACUGCUGGUAUUAAAAAAAGACACUGUGGCAGACAGCAAGGCAUAAAUCUCCCUUAAUGCCAUGAAGACAAUUUUAAAGAUGCUUCAAUCAGAUCAGAAUAAAAGGGCUUUAUCAUUAGCCUCUGUUUCUCUUGAUGCAGGAAUGUGAUGUUUAUUUCUGUUUUCUUUGGGAGAUAAAACAGAGUGUGUGCAUGACUAAUCACAUCCUUAAGCAAAAAAGUGAUGAGCCCCCCGCCCCCCCGCGUUCACUCAUUGUAAAUUAUUUUUGUAUGCAGUGCCCCAAGUGCAGAUGGACUAUAUGUUUGGUUACUUGGCAGUAAACUGAAUGAGACUGCUCUUUCUGCUUUUUUGUAAAAGCCAUGUUUAUUUUACUAGUCUUUUACAAUUUGUGUAUAUUUUUCUUUGUUUAUUGGUCAGUGAUGCAUUAGAGGUGCACCAAUGAAUUUUUUUUUUUUUCUCAAGAGCCUUGACGAGUCAUCAACUGUUUGUGCUCUUAAAUUAGUUGUAAUCUCUGAUGGGAGUUGAUGGGAAAGGUCAUUCUACAUGUUAGUUUGACUGUAAUAGACAGGUAGUCUUUUAAACAAACUAAAGUUCACAUUGAAUAACAGCUGACUGAUUUUAUUGCAGUGCUAAUUGAUCAUAUUAUGCUGAUAAACACCAGUGUGAAAUUGAGACCUCUUGUGUCUCCACUUGAAAAUAUGGACAUGGAGAAUGUACUUGUAUGAAAGAAUAAAGAUAUUUUUCUCUAUA